GCAAUGGAGAGAGGGUUCCAUGGCGGGGAUGAGGUUGUCUUGAUGCAUGAGGUCAGUCGGCAGCUGCUCGCCCAAGGCUCACCCAAGACGCACCUCCGACGCGGGGCGCCACAAGCCACAGCAUUCGCGGAGCUCCAUCUGGCCAAUCUCCAGAAACCACGCAGAUACGCAAGCACUCGACUUAACUGCCUCGAAGCUUUCACUCUCGGCGAACGACAUUGCAGACUCCAUUGCGCCUCUCGAAGGGCUACAGUCGGACAUUCGUCGACCACCGCUCACAUGCUCCGCAGGUAGGCAUAGACAAUGUCACGCCCAAGCGCGGACUCGGCGUCCCUGCUGUCGCAUACGACGUCGAGGUCGACCCGUGGCUUCAACUUUACGCUAGAGUACUUCUCCAAUAAGGACUUCAUUGUCAAGGACUUUAUCGAAGCCCUCUCCGACAGCGCCAUACCUGCCUCCCGCAAAUCCGGACCCAGCGCCGACCGAGCGCACUUCGACCCCAAACCGCUGAUCCGCUCGUUCGAACAUGCGUUGACGCGACUAAAUGGCUUAUCCGAAGAGCUCGAAGAGCGCGAGAACGAGCUCUCCGGAGCCGUGCGCCGCGCCGAAUCCCAGCACAAUCAGAACGUGGAAUCCCUGGGCCGGAGGCUAGAUCAGGCAAUCGACCAGUUCCAGCAAUUAGAUAGCUCGUUGAACGGGGGUGGUGCGGAGGACGUCGCCCCAGACGCUGGGGGUAACGUUGCUGUCCGGAUAGGAGAACGACUGGAAGAGCUGGAUAGACAACGGCAAAGAGCCCAGGAUGCAAGGUUCUUGAUCGAGUGCUGGCAGGAGGUCAGCCAACGGGGAACCCUUGACAUUCUUGAAGACAUGAAAAGACGCGGAGGUACGGUGCGCUGUGCCCAUAUCGCGCGGCAGCUCCUGAAGAUCAGCGCGCGUCUCGAUCCUGACGGGUCUCAGGCUGUGAACGGGAAUGGAAAUGCCCCCAACGGCGUGAAGAGGAGGCCACUCGGCGUGAAGCACAACACGAAAGAGAUUAUCGAAAAGUUUCUGGAGAAUCUCGAACAGGACUUGCUGUCUAACUUCGACGAGUACUACCGACGGCCAAACUAUGACGGAAUGCGGGAGUGUGCUGUUGCGUUGAAAGACUUCAAUGACGGUGCUAGCGUGAUUGCGACCUACGUGAACCAGCACUCGUUCUUUAUCGAUCGCAACCAGUUAAUCACGGAGGAGCUGACGGGUGAUGCGGAGACGUGGGAUCGUCUUCAGGACCCGGACGCGGAACCGCCAGGUGUGGAACCAAGUCUACAGUCGCUAGUCGACGAAGUGAAGAUUGUCGUGCAGGAAGAGUCGGCAAUCAUCAAGCGGGCGUUUCCCUACUACGAGGAGGUCCUGAUAAGAUUCCUGCAGAGGAUAUUCCAGCAGUCGAUCCAACAGCGACUGGAGAUGGUCCUGGAGAAAGCGAAUGAACUGUCGUCUCUCGCGUUUCUCCGUUCAUUGCAGGCAUCGAGGACCUACAUCACUACUCUAGUAGACGAUCUGAAAGCCCACGGCUUGACUGAACACCCCGAGCCUGUGACAUCUCAGAUUGCCGCGACUUUGGAUCAACAGCUGGAAGACCUGUUCGUGCCGUACUUUGUCGGUUCGUCCUACAUCGAGCGAGAGAAGAAGAACCUAGAGGAGCUCUAUUCCUCUUUACUCCUCAAGUACACAAUCUAUCAUUCCCGACGGCGGAAGAUGCCGACGACGUACUUUGCGUCACUCGCUCAGCGAGGCAAGGAACUCGCAGCCUCUGCACGAGAUGCAUAUAUGGAAAGGCUCGACAGCACAGAUCUACCACCUACCCAGAAGGCCAUGCUUCUCCGAAUUGCGGGUUUGAAAGAAGACCAGAGUGAGAAGAAGGAGAUCGAAGUCACGGAAGAAGACGGGAAACUAUCUCUCUCCACCGCAAAGCGUAUGCUAAAAUGGUUGGCAGAAGGCGUAGGGCGAGGCCUGGAGCUUUCGCCAAGCAGCGAAACACCAAAGGAUGUGCAGAAUCUCCUAAACCUCCUCCUAACACACAUGGGCGAGAUAUACCUCGAGACCGCCCUAGAUGCCGCGUCCGACCACGCCGCCUCGCAAGAAAACCUCAAAACACCCCCCGACCUAACACACCUCUCCUCCCUCCACACCAUAACCACAAUUCUGCACCUCCUCCAGCAAACCACCGGCACCAUUCUCCUCCCCCUCGCGACCCCGAAUCUCACUAUUCGUCGGGAGAUUGAGAAGUCCACAAACGCCACCAUGGCGACCCUAGAAUCGAAGCUUUCCAAUAUCCUCAACCUCACGCUUACUGCGACCCUAAACUGGGUCUCUAAAUGCCUCGCCCAGCAGAAGAAGACUGAUUUCCGGCCUCGAGACGAUAUGGACCUCAUGGCCGCGAGUAGCGAGACACCUGCUUGCCAGGCAGUCAGCCAGUUCCUAACCCGCGUCGCCACACAAUCCACAUCCGCCCUCAGCGGCCGCAACCUCUCUCUGUUCCUCUCCGAGCUCGCGCUCGGUCUGCGCUCCCUCGUCCUCGCGCACCUGCUCAAAUUCACCGUCUCCCAAUUCGGCGGCAUCACCGUCUCCAAAGACAUGAACCGCUACGCGGAAAUGGUGCGGCAGUGGCCGACGGGUGAGGAUCUGGUACCAGGUGCUAUGGAUGUCCUGGUCGACGUGAGCCAGCUUUUCGUAGUGGGCCCGGAGGCGCUAAGGGAGAGACUGAGGGGCGCGAGUGCGAGUGAUGCGGCGGAGUUGAAGCAGUUUAUUAUGAGGAGAGAGGAUGUGGGGAGUGUGGGCGUGCAGGCUGUGCUGAAUGCUAUGUAGGGUAGUAAUAUUAGGGCUUGUAGGGGUUAUAGAGGUUUGAGCGGGUCGCGGUAGGAUAGGA